UUCAUUCCUCCACACUCACUUAACACUCUCUUCUUCUACACUUGACAUUCUUCUUCUUCUUCUUCUUUUUCACUAAACUUAAUACAAGAAAUAUCUAUGGAAAAUUGCAGGAGAUCUCCUCUGAAGCCAUGGAAAAAAGGCCCAACAAGAGGCAAAGGUGGUCCUCAAAAUGCCAUGUGUGAAUAUAGAGGUGUAAGACAAAGAACUUGGGGAAAAUGGGUGGCUGAAAUCAGAGAGCCAAAGAAGAGAACUAGGCUCUGGUUAGGUUCUUUUGCUACUGCUGAGGAAGCUGCUAUGGCUUAUGAUGAAGCAGCCAGAAGAUUGUAUGGACCUGAUGCUUAUCUCAAUCUACCUCAUCUCCAACCUGCAUGCAACAGCAUUAAUAAUAUUCCUCUUAACAACAAGCCACACAAUAAGUUCAAAUGGAUUCCUUCCAAGAAUUUCAUUUCCAUGUUUCCUUCUUGUGGUUUGCUUAACAUACAUGCACAACCUAGUAUUCAUGUCAUCCAUCAAAGGCUUCAAGAACUCAAGAAAGAUGGGGUUGUUGGUCAAUCCUCUAACCAUGCUUCUAGCUCAUCUUCUUGUGAUUCACGAAAUGAAGUUAUGGUUGAAAAUGAUAAAACCCAAGUAGAAAAUCUUGCAGAAGUGGAAAAGGAAGUGGAAAUAACAUCAGAAAAGAUUGUGAGGCAUGAAGAGGAGAAACCUCAGAUUGAUCUAAACGAGUUCCUUCAGCAGCUGGGGAUACUUAAAGUGGAGAGAGUGCAGCAGCCAGAAAGCGAUGAUGCAACAGAAAUGAGUUCUGUGGUGCAAGAAUCUUCGUUAAAUGAUGAUCAUCAGGAAAAUGUUGCUGCUGCACUUGCAGACAAGAGCUUCAACUGGGAUUCACUCAUUGAGAUGCAUGGAAUUGGGGAUCAUCAAGGAGCAGAAUCACUUAGUACUUUCCAAGUGUAUGAUGUUCAAGAAGAACUGGCUUAUCCAGCUUCCAUCUGGAACUUCUAGGACGAUCAUCUGAUUUUGGUAGAAUGAGUGAGUGCUUCCCGCGCUAGCUGGUUAUUUGGAAAAUAGGACUGUUUUCUUGCCGCUUGUUUAGACAACACUUGAGUUUUAAUUAUUUCUACUGCAAGUCUAGUAGUUUGCCAUUUCUGUCCAUUAGUGUCAGAGAUUCACAAUCGAAGGAAAGCAUUCGUAUUUGACCAUGACAGAGAAUCAGUGAUUCAUCACUUGGAGAAAAGGAAAAUUCACUUGUUUUUCAGUUGUAGCAGUGAACAGUUCUUUCAACUUAUGAUUCAUGUGAGCUCACUUCAUGUUUUCUUUGGCUCACAUAACUAGACAAGAUUUGUGUUUCUGAGAUUUAAUUUUGUUAGAAAGCCAUCACCAGACUUAUUCUAGUAGCAGGCUAUCUAUAUAUUUAUAUAUUAUCCUAUCUUAAAAGAUGCCGAAUAUAGGGAUGAAAAAAAAUUCAAUUCUGAUAGGAAUUCAUCUCCAGCCU